AGACGCAAUCGUGCACAACAUUAUUUUGCAAAGUUCAUUGACAUUUUUUUUUUGCAAUCUAAGUUAGUGAUUUAAAAACAUUUGUUUACGGCGCUGUUUGACAUUGCAAAUUGAAAUGCUGCCUUUAAAAUUAAAUAAAGUGCUAACGUGGACUCUGUGUGACAGUAAUUUAUAAACGAAUUUUCUUUACGAUGGUUUGUUCUACCGCCUGACACUUUGUUAUGUUUUCUUCGAAACCUUUAUAGUUUGAACAAACUUUGAUUACUGCAAUGCGAUGGAGAUAUAAGGAGUAACAAUGCGGGCGGAGGACGGUAGUGCGGACGGCGGGGGGUAGCAUGGCGGCGGUGCUGCUGUUUCUGGCGGUGGCGACCACCGUGGCUGCCACGACCACAAUUGCUACUGCAACCGUGCACGUCGUUGGCGAUCUCGCAAGGCGUGAUACGGGAGAUGUCUUUACUAUCACCGACGGCGAAUGUGGCGCGGCUCAAUGUGCAGAACACGGCGCGGGAGUGAGUGCAGGCGCGGGCGGCGACGCGUGUACCGGCGAGGCGUGCGUAAGCGCGGACGCGUGCGCCUGCGCGUGCCCGCAACGCGCACCGCUCUUCAGAGAGGAUCGCGAACUGUGUGUUGAUGAUUUGCCGGAAUGUUCUUUAGCGACUUUUGGCACGGGUGUCAACAUGCAACGCAUCCCGUUCGUGUAUUUGCCACUAAAAGGUCAAAUAAUUCAUCCAUCAAGAGAGAUUACGUUCCAAAACGUCAAGACUCCGAUUUGUGCAGUAUCAGGGGCACAGUUCUUAACGCGCAAAGGCUUUUCGGAUCUUCGAAAUACUCUUGAUGCAGAUGUGCCAUUCAGUCUAUUUCGUGAUGAAGGCAGAACAUUUCUACAGUGGAGCGGCGAAGACGAUGUGCGUGCACGCAUGUCAGGUCGCGUCAUGGUGGUACGUCUCUUGUGCCGCGAUGUGUCCGCCACACCGACAUUGCCCUUGGACUUGCGCGGGGUAUUCACGCCGUGUGUCGCAUUCAGGGUGCAGGGGUCACCACCCAGACAUACUACAAAUGUAACUGAAGUCCAAUUUGCACCAAAUGCCCACACUUCUAAAGCAUCCAACGGAUCAGGUCUAUCUGUUACCGAGUACGUCGCAAUCGGCAUAAGCUCUCUCCUUCUUGGUCUCAUCUACGUCGCCUCGGUUUUCCUUUAUUUGCACAUAAGAAAACGUAAAAAAGCUGCCUCAGACGAAGGAAGUACCAGAAGACUAAAAGGUUUGAAGAAAAAAGAUGGCACUGCUAUAACUGAACGCGAUAUAAUAAGAAUCAGCAAUGACCGCGUUCCAAAUUUAUCCAAUGCUAUGGGAGAUGAUGGAGUAAUUAAGAAAAAUCCACUUUUGAAUUUGAACCGACAAUUCCACGAUAGUAAAAGUUUCCCUAGUGACUCUGGCAGUAAUUUAUCAGAUUCGGAAGACUUUGCCGAUAGCAAUCCACGAAGUGAGGACAACUUGAUAAACAGCCAAAGUAAAACUUCCGCAGUCGUGCACUUACGUUACAAUGAAAUGAAAAUCCAAAAUGACACCGAAGUCAGUCAUCGAGAUGAAUCAGGCAUUGAACGACUGCCGGACGAACACGUAUCUAUUGUAGAGACAACUGACGAUAGAGAGAUUGCAAGACCUGUGGGAACUACAAGACGUAAACUGUAUUUUAAUCCAGCUUAUUUCGAACCUCAUUUGAUGGCGGAACCUCCUCCAGCAGCACUGGAAUUUCUAACAAAAAUUCGGGAAGUCAUUUCGAUAGCAAAACAUAAAAUGGCAGCUAAACGCUUUCAACCAAUUUUAAAUCAAAUACCAGAGGAAGAAACCUAUCCUUCAAAUAGGAACAGUGUCGAGCUAUACCAAGGUUUAGGAAGUCAAAGAAGUGGCAGCGUGGUGAGCCUCAAAAGGGAGAAUAGUAGAAAGAAAUCAAUUUGCGUGGGAUGCCCUGGUUGCAAAUCGGAUAACAGCGACCUUCAUAACUUACUGCAAUACGAUGCUCCAGCCUGUUCCAAUUGUAUGAACAGUAGAGGAGAUAAACAAAAUAGUAUUCGAAAAUGGUUAGAAAAUAUACCCACUGUAAAAAGUCAACCACUUUAUAAUGAAUAUUCAUCUAAUACUCAUCACAACGGCUUGGUCAACUCACUCUUAUCACUGCCUUCCAAAGAGAACCGCUGUAAGUUGAGGAAACAAAAUAGUUUUUCAGCUACUAACUCAAUGCAAUUAUCAGAUGGUUUAGCCGUACCUAAAAGAAGAGCUUCGACAAUGUCUGUAAGGUCAGAACCACCAUUAAGAAAUUACAACUUACCGUUGCCAGAAUUCGAAAACGAAGAUUACCAACCGACGAGUUACAGUACAUACUGUCAAACAGUUUCCAGGGCUGAUGAUAUAAGACCUAUUGGCCUCAGUGAUUAUCGUUCAGGAAGCUUACGAAGCAAUGCAAUAGCAAAUCAAAGAAGAAACAAAUUCAUCACUAAUAAGAAUGCUCUACCAGAUAUGGUCAAUGAAGCCGUAGCUCUAGAUCACAGUUCUAAAAUUUACAGUCACAGCAGUUCUGAUGAAGAAAGAUUUCAUGGAAAAAUUUACAACGUUGCCCAAAACUUCGCACGUAAUAAUUCGGAAAGUCCGCUAGCCAACGAUUACGAAACCGACAGUUUAGAAAGAAAUUCUCAAAAAAAAGGAAUAUCUACAUCUACAGAGUAUCCAGAAGUUCCAUCUUCACAAGCUAGUCCUAGUUUGAGCAACGCACUACCUCUUGAAGAAGAACUUACAAUGAGGAAUGCCGUAUACAAACAUUCUAGUAGUAACAGUAAUACUCCUUCACCACAGAGAGAUAUUUUCAUCGACCAAAGUCAUUAUGAAAUUAUUGGAAAACAAAUGGAGCCACCGAAAACAUCAGCUACUGAAAAAGUAAAUCAAAAUAGUGAUUACAGUUUAGUAAGCGAAGUGUAUGUAAACAACAACUACAACUUUGGUAGCACGCCGACAUCACCGAGUGGAUCUGAAUGUUCUAUGGGUAGCAGAAAAUUAACCUGCGCUAUAAAAACUGAAGAAAAUUUUACAGAAGAAAAGCCUGGAUGCUUGACAAUAGAAGUAAAAGAUCCUCCAGAAAAUUACAUAAAAAUCCACGAAUCUGAUGGCUUUGAACCAGAUACUCUAGACCGAAAACAUCCAAAACAUAAGGAAACAGUGGAAACUAUUCAAUUUAGUAGAAAAGAUCUAAUUAAAAAUUUAACAAACAAAGAAUCUCCACCUAGUCAAAGUAUAAUGUUAAGAAGUAGCGGCACAUUUACAAAGACUAACAAUAAAAUUGAGUACACUGCGAAAUUUAAUAGCCUAAGAAACGACUUCGAGCAACGGAAAAACAUAAACGAACGACCUAAGUUGUUGCCAACAACUUUUAACGGAACAAAAUGCAUUGAGGAUACUUCAGAAGAAGUUUGGGAAGAACCCGCUGAUUGGGUUACAGAGGAAGGGCGUAUAUUGACUUUGGAGCUGCGCCAUUCCAAAAGACAACGUCAAUGCACGCCACCGACGAUAAAACAAAUCAAAAACCUCGCUCGACCUGAUGUCUUACCGCCGUUACCGCCGACUAGUGAGAAUCCAAUAUACGAACAACCUUCGUAUCCUCCACGAAGAGUUGAAAGUGAUAGGUUACCCAUCGAUGAUCACCAAAAAAACGUGAGUGGCAGAAGCCUCAGUCCGAGGAUAUUUAUGAAGAAAAUGAUUGAACCUCAACGCCCAAAUUCAAUUCCUCAUGAAUCGUUUUAUGGAUCCUCCAGCGGUCCGUUAAGAGCUUCUGUCGAAUCACAGUCCUCGGAAUACGAAAUAGACCAAGACGAGUCCAGAAAAUCGGGUGAAUAUUGCAGAACUUCUAAUAGAAGACCUUCAGCUAGAAGUUCAUGUACUGAAAUUAACACGCAUACAUUCGUCAAGGGCUCCAAAACUGAAGGUCAUUCUAAGCCACGAUUCAGACGGAAGAAGGGCUCUAAUAUUGAGGACUCAGGGUAUUUAAGUAGUGACUCUACAAGUUCGCGACGUGCUCAACGAAAAAUUGUGAUCGCAAAGAUUGUUAGUUGCAGUGAUAGUGACGAUACAGAAAAUGAAGCUAGGAGUGAAUCUGGCGCUGAAAGUGUGGAAACGCAUUCAGUGUAUUUUGGACGAUUUAGAAAUCAGGAAGGUUUAGAUGGUGGUUUAGAAGGUAGUUUCAAUGGAAUCAAGAAUGCUAGAGACAGUAGUAGAAAACAAAGACGUUCUAAAGAAUGCUUAUAG